CGUGGCCCGGCCCUUAUAUGGAGGUGUACGUGCUGAAGGGAUUGCCCUAAUAUGGACAGUUGCGGGUUCCGGGUUCGCACUGUUUAAAUAGACUGAAACUCGCGCCUCUGCGUUCAGUUCAUCUGCAGAGAAUUAAAGUUGGAGAGAAAGUGAGAGGUGAUUGUGCUCAGCUCCUCACACCACCAUCAUCACCAUCAUCACCACCAUCAUCAUCAUCAUCACCAUCAUCAUCACCAGGAGCCGCCAGGACUGGAAUUAACUGAAAUCUCACCAUUAUUUACAAUAAUCGAUCGUUAAGUGUGACCAGAGGGGGAAGCAAUUAGUGACAGCAGAGACAGAGACACGGAGACCAACUGACGCCUCAGACCAUGGUGUUGAUGGAGACUCUGGAGAUAGGGAGCCGAGGUUUGGUGGAAUUGCUGAUGACAGACAACAAUCUGGUGGUUCUGGAUUGUCGCUCCUUCCUGGCCUUCAACACCUCUCACAUCAGGGGCUCCCACAACGUCUACUGUAACAGCAUCAUCAAGCGCAGGGCUAAGGGUACCCUGACCCUGGAGGCCAUGCUCCCCGAGAGCAGCAUGAGAGCUGGCCUGAGGUCUGGUCGCUACCCCCGGCUGGUGGUGCUGGAGGAGAGGAGCUUGAGCACAGCCACACUGAGCCACGACAGCACAGCCAGACUGGUUCUCAACACCCUCCAGCUACAAAUAGACCUCAGCACCACCCAGAUCUGCUUCCUCAAAGGAGGCUACGAGACAUUCCUCUCUCUGUUUCCUGAGUUGUGCACUGAGCCACCGUCCUGCCAGCAGCCGGGAACCACCCCCACCCUGAUCGCUAGGGGAACCCCACUGUACGAUCAGGGAGGUCCUGUGGAGAUCCUGCCCUCCCUUUACCUGGGCAGUGCCCUCCAUUCCUCUAGGAAGGAAACGCUUGAGUCUCUGGGCAUCACGGCCGUCCUCAACGUCUCCUCCUCCUGCCCCAACUGCUUUGAGGGCGACUUUCAGUACAAGAGCCUCCCCGUGGAGGACAGCCAUAUGGCAGACAUCAGCGCCUGCUUCCAGGAGGCCAUUGACUUCAUCGACGCUGUGAAGGACCAGGGUGGCAAAGUGUUGGUGCAUUGUCAGGCCGGCAUCUCCAGGUCGGCCACUAUCUGCCUGGCUUAUCUAAUCCGCACGCAGAGAGUGCGCCUGGAGGAAGCUUUCGACUUUGUCAAGCGGCGGAGAGAAGUCAUCUCGCCCAACGUCAGCUUCAUGGGGCAGCUGCUACAGUUCGAGACAGAGGUCCUGUGUCACUAAUGAGGUCACGUCCCAAACGCUUACAUCCAGCACCGGCCUCGACUCUAAGCUCAGAGUCCCUGACGUGAGAAGCUCAGACCCACAACCUUCUGGUCCUGCCGGUGUGGUUCUUACACAGUGAGAGCCGAGAAGCAGGUGGAGGAGUGCGGAGGCUGCUCUGGGAUGAGCCAAGGUCCACACUGGGUGGUGGAACCUACCCCACCCUCCCUCCCCCCAUCAGACUCUCCUACACUGAACCAUGUCACUGACCACCACACAGCCAAUGCCUUGGGCCUGGGGGGGCCAUGAGGUGCGGCCCCCGGUUUAGUCUCUCGUGGGCUCCACAUUCACAGUCUCUCCGGGAAAGCAAUAAACGUUGUGUUUCCUCUGGUUCACUACCUGCUCAUUUCCUGAAGAGGAAAAUACUUUAUAUUUUCAAAUGAAUGUGUAUAUUUUGGUAUAUAAGUUGCCUGAUAAGCUAUUACAAUUGCACUAAUUGUUAUUAAAAUGAAAAAUGGCAA